GCGUGCCCGCGGGGUGAAUGUCAGCCGCAAACGAAGCCGAAACGAACGUCGGCGUCAUUUCCUGUACGACUAGCAACGGUAAAACUCGAAUCUCUAAACGCGGUCCUCUGUCAUAUAAAUCUGCGAGUGGUCUCUGCGUGGGGCGAGCGGCUUUUCCCGGUGAGUGAGAGAUUGAGCGUCCGGAGCGCGCACGAUGAAGAAAAAGGGCUGUGAGAAAAAGCGCCAUGUGGUACCCUGGCGUAACAAAGCGGAGUGGGACCAGGUUCGGGACUACCUUUACUCGAUGGACUCCUCUCUGCAGAGGUUUGCGUUAGACAGGAUAUCGGCUUGGAGGGCCAGGUGCGCUAAUAGUUUCCCCGUGGCCGUGGAAUGCACAGCGGACCUCGUGCGCUGCCAGGUGCGGGACCGCUCCGGACAGCUUACCGGAGAUGACUUGAUCCUGAUGUACGGGACGGCCCUGGUAAGAUUUGUUAAUCUUAUCACGGAGCGCCAGCAGGGGAGAACGGCCCGGCCGCUGAGGCGACUGGCUGGAAACUUGAACAUUCCCGAGUGGGUGGUGGAUCUGAGGCACGAAAUCACGCAUCGGAAGCUUCCUUCUUUGAAAUGGUGCCGAAAGGGAUGUAAGGUGGUCCUGGAGUGGCUUCAGCAGGAGUUUUGGUCCAGACAGCUGGGAGGAGCCCCCGAUGAGCGCUGGGACUUGCAGUCGGAUGGUGAGGAUGAGGAAGCUGACGUCAAGCGCCAGGAGGAUGAGCUCGUUGCCAGGCAGAAAGAAGUGGACGCCUACAGAAAAGCUCGGGAACUGCUGAUCUCUUAUGAGAAGGACCAGUACCAAGCUUUUGAUGGGUCUCCUGAAGACAAGGAGAAGAGCUUGUGGCAGGCCCCCUUAGCAGACAUGAGUUGGUUGCUGGGUGAGAUCAAGCAGUUUGCACUGGAGUCCAGUGAGCUGUUGAUUGAUGUGCUGCUGGAGGAUGGAUUUCUUGUUCCUACCAUGGAGCAGCUGGAAACAUUAGGCUGUGCAACCUCUGACAGUGCCAGUCCCACUGAGCCCAGAGUCCCACAAACCUUCCUGCGCUUUUGGCUGCCCCUGCUAAAGAUGCUUAACUCUCCAUCUUUCAUUCACCUCUUCCUGGAGAAGCUCUUUGUGGAACUGAAGCUGCUCAGCAAAGAGCCCGACGGUCACAGGUGUUUCUAUAUUUCUGCAUGGAUUUCACAAGUCCUCCUCUGCAACAACAACAAAUUUGAAUAUCAUUUUGAGACAAAGUUGCAGAAGAAAGCCAGAACGAAGGACAGGAUUUUCAUCAACCGCAUCCAGCUGAGGUGGCAGCAGCUUCUCUCUGCAUGUCUGGAUGCCCCCUGCAUCAGCACGCCUCACCUGAUCCAGCUCAUCCUGGAUGACAUGGAGCACCCCCCCCCACAGGAAACCAGAGAGAAGCUGUUCCAGCUCUGCUCCAUCUACACACAGACAGAGCGCUCCGAGGCCAGCACACCUCUGCAGCAGAAGCAGCAGCAGCCCAUAUAUACUGUGGACAUGCUGCUGGACAAGAUGCAACACUCCCGGCAGGAUGCCCGUCCCUUGCAUUCUUCACCGAUGGACUCGGAGAGAAGUGAGGAGCGCAAAUGGGCAGACGUGCAGGCUGAAAGAGCACUUGCCCUCAGAGGUUCUCCGUGGCAGGUGUGCACUGAUAAUGUCUCAUGGAAGAACUACCCCCUUGGUAAAGUUCCUGGACAGUCGGACGACCCGUCGUGCCUCAUGGUGGACAAUUAUUCGAUAAUGACUGUGUUUGACCAGCCAGUGGAGCUGGAGAGCAGUGCGACACGUAGCAGCAUCCCUGGGGCCUCGGCUCCAGCCCGGCCAGCUGAGGGCCUCCGCUGGAGCAACAGCGACCUCAACAGACUGAAAUGUGGACUGAAGCUUUUUUAAGUCUCAUUCCAGCCUUCGCUGACUCUUGUUGUGCUAGAAGCAGUUUUGAAGCAAAAAUACAAUGUUCAGAAGACAAAAUGUUGUGGGAGCUUUAACCACGAGCACAGUGCAGGUUCAGCACAGUCUGUUUAUUGUGAUUGUUUCUGUGCAGUCGAGCUCGUUAACUAAACAUGUAGGCAGAAGCAGAAAUAAAACGUUCAGGAGACAAAAUGUUCUGAUUUAACAAAAUGAAAUGUUUGAUUCCUCUGUGUCUUCAAAUAAACCAUGCUCUUUGCAAGUGUGUGACAUUUAAUAGACCAAACGAUACAUCUGAAUCCUGAAAACUGAUCAUCUGAUGAACUGACACUGAAAAUGUGUCGUAGUUGUGGUCAUUUGGGCCAGGAGGAAGCCUUUAUGUUCUUUGUGUUUAUUGUUAGUAGGUGGCAGAGAAAAAGUUUAACACAUUCUCUGCACGCUGGAGCUGAAAGUGAAAUAAGAGUUUAUUCAUCCCUGCGGAAAUUCUGUGGUUACAGUCGCUCCGAGACAAUAAGAGCAGUAACACACUGAACAAAAUUAAAUA